ACGGGGGCGGGGCGGAGGUUUCCUCAGAUUUGAAGUAAUCAGCUGUUCAGUUUCUCUUCCGUCAUGUUGCGUUACGAUGUUUUAACUUGACGUAAAGUCCAGAUGUUCCGGAUGUUCCACGACGGAAAACGCUGUUAAAGAGUUAUUUCAUUUUUUUUAUUAUUUCAUAGAGGAGAGGGGGGAACCAUUCUGUGGCGUAUCUGAUUUCCGCACGGACCACUGUCACGCAGGGAUCGUAAAUACAGCUCUCCGGCUCCGGCAGGGACACAAGCGAUGAGGACUCCAGACAGGACAUCCCCAUUUCAAUGAGGCGCAGCGGGGGUUCGAGUCCAGGAGCCGGGGUGAGGGAGUGAACCAGUACCGGGGGGAUGGAGUCGUGUGGCCGGGCCGGACUCAGCGGGGUCCUGUGCUCCCUGUCUCUGCUGUGUGUCAUCCUGGACAUCCAGUUGGACGGUGUCUUGGGAGCAACUCAAGUUGAGAUCGAGCACCACUUGGAAAUGGGACGCAAACUUUUGGCAGCCGGUCAGCUGGCUGAGGCCUUGUCCCACUACCACUCUGCUGUGGAGGGAGAUUCUAAGAAUUACCUGACCUACUACAAGCGAGCUGCGGUUUUCCUGGCGCUGGGAAAAUCCAAAUCCGCCCUGCCCGACCUGACCAGAGCCAUCCAGCUCAAGCCUGACUUUUUGGCUGCCAGGUUGCAGAGAGGGAAUAUCCUGUUAAAGCAAGGCAGCACACAGGAGGCCUUGGAGGACUUUGAAGCAGUGCUGCAGCGCUCUCCAGACCAUGAAGAAGCUCACAUCCAGUUCCAGAACGCCAACGAGCUGGAGGAGCUGCAGGAGGCGGCCCAUGCUGCGUACCACCAAGGAGACUACAACACUGCCAUCAACGAGCUGGAGAGAGUCAUUGAGUUAUCUCCCUGGGAUCCUGAGUCGCGGGAGCUUCGCGCAGAAUGCUACAUCCGAAUGGGGGAGCCGCAGAAAGCCAUCCAGGAUCUGACGCCCACAGUGAGGCUGCGCAACGACAACCGCGCGGCCUUCCUGAAGCUCAGCCUGCUCCACUACAGCCUUGGAGAGCACCACGACUCUCUCAAUCACAUCCGAGAGUGUCUCAGGCUCGACCAGGAUGACAAGGAGUGUUUCAGCCACUACAAGCAGGUGAAGAAACUCAGCAAACAGCUGGACGCAGCAGAGGAGCUCAUUCAAAUGGAGAGGUAUCAGGAGGCCAUUGAUAAGUAUGAGUCAGUGAUGAAAACGGAACCUAACAUUGUUUACUACACCAACCUGGCCAAAGAGAGGAUCUGCUUCUGUCUCGUCAAGAUCAAGUUGGCUCCGGAGGCGAUAGACGCAUGUUCAGAAGCCCAUCAGAGAACCCCCCGCAACACCAACGUCCUCCGAGACCGAGCGGAGGCGUUCAUCCUCAACCAGGACUACGAGAAAGCGGUGGAGGACUACCAGGAGGCGAGAGAGUUCGAUAGCGAAAGCAACGAAAUCAGAGAAGGACUGGAACGAGCACAGAAGAUGCUCAAAGUCUCUCGGAAGCGAGACUACUACAAGAUCCUCGGUGUCAGCAGGAGUGCCAACAAGCAGGAGAUCAUCAAGGCGUACAGGAAGCUGGCACAGCAGUGGCAUCCAGACAACUUCCAGUUAGAGACCGAGAAGAAGGAGGCGGAGAAGAGAUUCAUCGAGAUUGCGUCAGCGAAAGAAGUUCUAACCGACCCAGAAAUGAGGCAGAAGUUUGACGCUGGCGAGGAUCCACUGGACCCAGAAACCCAGCAGGGUGGUGGAGGACAACAGAACUGGCCUUUCCACUUCAACCCGUUUGAUUCUGGGGGCAGCUACAGCUUCAAGUUCCAGUACAACUAGACUAACUAGAAGGACUUUACGGACACACCGACGGUUGGAGAGGGGGGGGGGGGGACAUUUCGGACGGAGGAGACAUUGAGAGAAGAUUAAUGGAGGCGUCUUUCUCCAGAACUUUUGUUUCAGCCUGGAAACAGUUUGUGGGUUACUGAUUUAUUUCCUUUCAUGCCGUGUUUGGACAGCAGAGGUUUGAGCUUCUUAGUAAAAGAACCUGGACAUUUUACCACAGAACUGAGGACAGAGUGACUUGUGGCUUCGAUCCUUAGGAACCAAACGGUGAUGGUUGAAAGCAUUGGACUUCUUUUAUGUUUUUGGGACGUCUGCUCUUAUUACUAAUUUCUCUCUUCGUGCCAUUUUUUAAGACUUUAUUGAGGAACUCAGUUUUUUUAAUGCAGUAGCUUCUGCGUGGACAGAGAUGACUCUCGGUUUGUUGGUUUUCUUCGCGGUAAUCUCUAAAGGAAUCAAAACGUUUACUGAUCUCAGUCGAUUCUUUUCACAACGUCAAAGCAACUCCUCCCCAGAGAAACUAGAUCUGUUGCUUCUAAUGAAAUCGAAAGUCACAUGUUGUUGAGCUUCUAUAUUAAUGUGAAACUCUUACAGGAAACUUGUGGCUGUAGAAGUCCUGAAAUCCUACGGAUCUUAAAUCACUGUAGCUGCUCUGUGAAUGUUUUAAAUUUUGCUUUAAAUUACCAUAGAUUUUUCCUUUGUACAGUUACUGAAUUGGAAUAACGUGUAAAGUUUAGUUAAAAAUAUAUACAUUUUUUCAUGGGCCAUAUAUUGAACUGUACGAUGGAGUAUUAGAAAAAAAAAUGUGAGUAAACAUUUGUGAUUUAUUUAGAAAUAAGUCAUUUGAAAUAAUUUGGAAACCACAAAACCUUUUCAACAUCACAGAUGUUAAAGGAUCUUGCUAAAUCCUGAUACUUAUAAUGUAAAGCUCAUGAGCCAAAAGAUCAAAUGUUAUUUGUGAAACCUUCAGUGAAUAAGAACAAGAUUAUCCUCAUCACAAGCUGAUUUUCUAAUAUUUAUCUCUAAAAUGACACAUCGCCUAAAAUGAGAACUUAAUUCUCAUAAUCUCCGAUGUUUUUCCUCUAAGUGGCCCGAAUACUCCAUCGUACAACUGUAAACAUUAUGGCUGUAAUCAGAUUUGAAAAGUGGCUUGAAAACAAAAAGUAACAUAUAGUUAACUAUUUUUUGCACAAGGUUGUGGCCACUGAUGACUGAGUGAAGAACUGUAAUAUUUCUCUUCUCUAUUUGACGCCUUUCUAAGCAAAUCUUUGAAGUUAUGCACUUUGACUGUAUUUGAAAAAAGAAAACACUCCGGCUGCUCCACCCUGAAAUGUUACUGCAGAGAUUAUUUACAAACCGGGUGUGUCUUCAGUGGCUUAUCUGAUGGUGUCAUAGAUUAGGUCUUAAAGAAAGUACGCAUGUCUAAUGUUAUACUGGAUUUGGUCCAACAGGUUGCACUGAGGCACAAACUAAAGGUGGAAUCAAAAUCCUUUACUAAUUAGGAUUCGUUUUACUGACUUGAAAGACAACUGUUUGAACCAUGAGGUUUUUUUUCUCGGUUUGUUUUUGCACAAUUUAAGUUAUUCUAUCAAAGUGACUGAACCUGUUUCUGAAUCCCAUCGACUUUUUAAACAUUGUGUGAGGACAUGUUGACAGGCUCUUUGUAUUUAAAUCAACCGAGUAGGACUGUUUGGUUUCUGGGUUUUCCUGUUGUAAGCAACACUGAUUGUAUCUGUUGCCAAACAGCUGACAUGUUCAAGUGUAUUAAAAUACUGACACAAUCAAA